CAUCUACUAAGAUCUUUUUUUUUUUUUAAUUAGGCACCAGAAGAGGGGGGGUGGGAAGGAAAAGAAACAGAAGUGAAAAACGUAACUCCCUGAGACUUGGAUGUAAGAGCAAUCAGAAGCAAUGGACUGGUUCCUGUACAGAACCGCUGCUGUUUUGUUCAUUUUAGGGGUGGUGGUGGAGAUUAACAGUGAAUUUCGAGUUCAGGUAAGAGAUUAUAACAGCAAAAAUGGCACCAUAAAGUGGCAUUCCAGCAGAAGGCAAAAGCGGGAAUGGAUCAAGUUUGCAGCAGCUUGUCGAGAAGGUGAAGAUAACUCAAAGAGAAAUCCAAUCGCUAAAAUUCAUUCAGACUGUGCCAAGGAUCAACAAGUUACAUAUCGCAUCUCUGGAGUGGGAAUUGAUCAGCCCCCUUAUGGAGUCUUUGUUAUUAAUCCAAAAACGGGUGAAAUUAAUAUAACAGCAAUAGUUGAUAGAGAGGUCAACCCAUAUUUCAUAAUCUAUUGCCGAGCUCUGAAUGCACAAGGUCAAGAUCUGGAAAAUGUUCUAGAGCUCAGGGUCAGAGUUCUGGAUAUAAAUGAUAAUCCUCCAGUAUUUUCAAUGACUGAAUUUGUGGGAAGUGUAGAAGAAAAUAGUUAUGCGAACACUCUGGUGAUGGUGAUAAAUGCUACUGAUGCCGAUGAACCGAAUAACCUGAACUCCAAAAUCGCCUUCAAGAUUGUCAGCCAGGAGCCUGCAGAUUCCCCAAUGUUUAUUUUGAACAGAUAUUCUGGAGAACUUCGAACCAUGAAUCCCUUUCUGGACCGAGAGAAAUAUGCUAUGUAUAGUCUUGUUGUAAGAGGCUCUGACCGGGAUGGAGGUGGAGAUGGGCUAUCAGCACAAAGUGACUGCAAAAUCACAAUUUUAGAUGUCAAUGAUAAUUUUCCAAGACUUGAACUCCCCACUUACACAAUAAAUAUAAAAGAGAAUAUGAUUAGCCAGGAAAUGGCUCGGUUCAGAGUAAUUGACUUGGAUCAAGAGGGAACAGAUAAUUGGUUGGCACUCUUCUUCUUUAUAUCGGGAAAUGAAGGAGGCUGGUUCGAAAUAGUAACUGAUGAAAUGACUAAUGAGGGAAUUUUCCGAGUUAUCAAGCCUCUUAAUUAUGAAGAAAUACAGAACAUGCAACUUAGCAUUGGUGUUAGAAACAAAGCCGAAUUCCAUCAUUCAGUUGCAUCUCAAUAUAAGAUAGAAGCAACUGUCAUCUCAGUAUCAGUUGAAAAUGUAAUUGAAGGAUCAGUAUUUGCUCCAGCUUCUAAUACUUACCGUAUAACUAAAGAUAUGGGGAAAAAUUCUGUCAUUGGAUCAAUGGUAGCAACUGAUCUGGACACAGGAGGACCUUCAAAAACAGUCAGAUAUAUAAUGGGAACAAAUCCUGGUGGUUUGCUAGCAGUUAAUGAAAGAACUGGUCAACUUACCCUGAACAAUGUAAUAACCAGAGAGGUAUAUCAAAGACUCAAUGGACACUAUGAAGGAACUAUUCUAUCCAUAGAUGAUACUCUCCAAAGAACUUGUACUGGUACCAUUAUUCUUGAUAUGAAAGACCUGGAAGAUCUCAAAACAGGAACAGACACUAAUGGCCCAGGAGAUAACAACGGAGGAGGAACUGAUGAUGGGAGCAGAGAUAAUACAGGUGAAACUUCCACCAACCAUCAGGAGGACAUUACUACCAACAAUUACGAUAUUACUUCUACUUCAGGUUAUGCCAACGGGAAUGGAGUUGAAGGUUAUCCUGGAGAUAAUGUACAUUUUGGUCCUGCUGGCAUUGGUCUGCUCAUUAUGGGAUUCUUGGUGCUUGGAUUGGUUCCAUUUUUGUUGAUAGCAUGUGACUGUGGGGGUGCCAGCGGUGUGGGAGGAGGCUUUGAGCCUGUUCCAGAGUGUACAGAAGGUGCAAUCCAUUCCUGGGCAGUAGAGGGACCCCAGCCUGAUGAUAUAAACAACAUCUGUGUGCCAGUUAUACCAGUGAUAGAUGCUACUGGAAAUAUGAAUGAAUGUAUUGACACAGCUGGAGUUUAUACAAAUGAAUAUGGAGAAAGAGAGAUGAGAGACCUAGGAGAAGGAGGAAUUGGAACAUCAAGAUUUGAAUUAUCAAAUGGAGUGAAAACAUCUGCAGUACCUGAAGUAUGUACAGGAUACUCUGGGACAUUAAGAAGGAAUUCCAUGAGAGAAUGUAGAGAAGGAGGCCUGAAUAUGAACUUCAUGGAAAGCUACUUCUGCCAGAAAGCAUUUGCCUAUGCUGAUGAAGAUGAAAAUAGACCAUCAAAUGAUUGUUUACUCAUCUAUGAUAUUGAAGGGGUCGGCUCUUCUGCUGGCUCUGUUGGCUGUUGUAGUUUCAUCGGAGAAGACGAGGAUGACAGCUUUUUAGACACUUUGGGGCCAAAGUUUAAGAAAUUGGCAGAUAUUAGCCUGGGAAAAGAGAUUGAUUCCUAUCCAGAUGUUGAUCACACUUGGCCACCAGAGAACACCGAACCCAGUUGUCCUCCCCAAGGAAAUGAUGUUUCUUUUGGACACCCACCAAUGUCUCCACAUUUUGGUACCACUACAGUUGUUUCUGAGAGUACCUAUCCCUCUGGGCCUGUCGUUCAGCAUCCUAUGCCUAUACCUGAUCCUCUGGGCUAUGGAAAUGUUACAGUGACUGAGUCAUAUACCACCACUGGGUCCCUGCAGCCCCCGGUACAUAUUCAUGAUCCUCGGCAUGGCUCAAAUGUUGUGGUGACAGAGAGGGUGGUAGGACCCAUCUCUGGCUCAGAUCUCCAGGGCAUGUUAGAUCUAACUGAUUUCAGAGAAGGGUCCAAUGUUGUAGUGACAGAGAGGGUAAUUGCACCAAAUUCAAGACUACCUACCUCAUUGAGUAUCCCUGACCCCAGAGAUACAUCAAAUGUGGUAGUAACUGAAAGAGUCAUUAGACCAACUUCUGGCCUGAUGGGCAAUCUAAGUAUUCAUCCUGAUUUAUCCAGUGCCCAUAAUGUAGUUGUUACAGAGAGAGUUGUUUCUGGUGCUGGGGUAACUGGAAUCAGUGGUGGUGGUGUUAGUAGUGUGGUUGGCAGCAAUGUGAGCAGAGGUGCUAUUACCAUGAGUGGGGGAGGUGUUAGCAUGAGUGGAGGUGGAAUAGGCUUGAGUGGGUCUGGCAUAAGUGGGGGUGGCAUUGAAAUGAGCAGCCUGGGAAGUGGGGGAGGUGGCUUGAGUAGCAUAGGUCUGAACAGCAGUGGCCUGAGUGGCAGUUCUACACUUGGCCAUGUGAGGAAUUCUGAUCAUUUUAACCAGACUAUUGGAUCAGCCUCCCCUAGUACAACUCGAAGCCGGAUCACAAAAUACAGUACCAUACAAUAUUCUAAGCAGUGAAUGUAUCUGAACCUUCUUCAGUGGCAGUUGUGAGCAAAAUUUAGCUAUUUUACCCCACACCAAAAUAGCAUAUCAGGGUUAUUUAUGAUGCACAUCUAGACUCUAAAAUUAUAGUAAAGUAUAAUGGGGUGACCCUAUAGUAUCCCAAUAUGAGAGAAAGAUUCUGUGACACCGUUAUCAGGAAAACCUCUCUCAGGUACAAUUCAGUCAUUUCUUCUAUUAGUGCUAAUGAAAAGCUGAAAGUGGAAUAAAGACAUGAGGUAGAUGUUGCAUUUAUCUAUGUGUGGCUUGGGGGAUGUUUCAAGUUGGGAGUAAACUAGGCCCAUAGUCAUAGGACAUCAUCUUCUUUGUGCUUGCGGUUUUCACUGGUUAGCUUGCUCUGGAUUGAAUUGCCUGCCAUGUUGCUCUGGUAAAACGGAAUGUGUACCAUGCUCAUGCAUUUGGGAAGAAUUUGAAUUGUGUACAAAGUACCAUUUUGCUUUCAUAGGUAAUAUAUAUAUAUAUAUAUAUAUAUAUAUGGAAAAAUAUACCGCAUACUUGAGCAAAAGUUAACCACUGUAAGAUUCUUUUGGAUUUUAUUGGAUAUUUAUUUUAAGGAUUCCCUAAAUCUCUCCAUCUCAACGGUAAUAAGAACUGUAAUUAGAAAAUAGGCCCCGGAAAGGAAUAACUGAUUAAGAAAGUAAAAAUAGGAAGAGGAUAUUUCAGGGCCAACCUGCCCAUGUUGCUGGAAUAUAGGACAAAGAGGAGUCCACAAGGGACACUGGGACUUGGUAUAAUUUCCUCCAAGGUCCCCAGAGCCACCAGAGUUCUAUGAACAAAAAGAGAGCCUUACAUUUCCUGGCUAGUGAUGAACAGUGAGAAUGAGUAUAAUUUCCUCUGUAGGGUCUAACUAUAGUAGUAGUGAAGGCUGUUCAUGUUACAGAGUAACAGAGCCACAAGACUCCACAUGUACAUCUUUAUUUAAUUCCUUCUCCUGUCCACCACUGUUUGUGAUUAUGAUAGAAACAAUAAACAAACAAACAAAUCUGCCAGGAGUACUGCACUUGCAGACUGAAAGAAGUCGUGUUUGCUAUUGCCACUCAAAGCUAAAUCACCUCUGUAAUCAUUGACUUGGCAGGACAUUAUCUCUUGACUAUCAUUUUCAGCAAGCAUUAUUAAUGCAUAUCCAGCCAUUUAUGCAUGUUUCAUAUAAACAUAUUGCCACAAUAUAGUUAACAGGGCUGAGAAAAACAGAAUGCUCACAAACACAUAUUUGGGGGUGGGAGUAGGGAAGUACUGUGGGAAUACCCAAGGGGACCUAGUUUGAUACACGGAAAAUAUUAAAUGGGGAACAAUUAGAAAAGAACUUUUCUGUACAGCAUUUGCUUAUAAUGUUGGUGGCUUUAACUGAGCUUCAGGUCUCUCUCUGCCUUCUGCUCUAUGCCUUUUUGAAGGGUUUGACUAGGAACUUAAACUGUUGUCCUUUUUGUGUUAGCAAAAACAUAAUAGCACUGAACAAAUCCAGAUCCAUUUCCCUAAUCCCCAAUGUGGAAUAUUUUAUUCGCAAUCUCAUUAUUCAGAUAUUGCUGGUUUGACUUUCAGUCACCUCCUGGCAUAUCUUACACACUCCAUUUUUUUAGUUAUUUUCCAAAUGUUGACAUAUGCUAGUUUUAUCCAGAUACAAAGCAAAGGUCAGCAAUGUCUUGUUUUUGUUGGAUUGUUUAUGUAUGGUUGCUACAUACUUUGUUAUAUAGUCUAAAUUUCUGAAGUCUAAUAAAAAAAUCAAAAUAAUAUUCUGUGCAUUGAGAAAUAUAAUUUUGAGAAAUGCAUCAUACUCCUGAAUGACAGAAAAAAAAGAUGUUUUUCUUAAAAUGUUCAUAUGUCUUGGUAUUGUUCCCAGUAAAAUAAAA